GGGGGGAGGGGUUCACUCCUGUAGUCUGCAUGCAGGCAGAGCCCUCCCCACUUCUCCUUGUCUCUCCCUGAACCUUCUCCAGUCCCACAGACUCCUCCAACCCUAGCACAGAAAGCAGGAGGGUCAGAGAGAAGAUCUGUUACAUUGUAUCACACACAGGAUAUAUAAGAUGGUUGGGAUCCCUGGAUCAUUUCAGUUUCUUGGAGACAAGAGGGUGCCAGCAAUGCCCGGGUCCCCCAUGGAAGUGAAGAUUCAUUCUAGAUCCUCCCCUCCCACCAUGGCACCCCUGCCACCAGUCAAUCCAUCUGGCCCAAGGCCUGUAUCGUUUCCACCCUCCUCACUUUUGAAUGGCAUGAAUCAUUCUCCAUCUUUACUGAACGGAGCUCCGUCGCCUCCGCAGCGUUCCAGCAAUGGGCCUUCCUCCUCGUCUUCAUCUUCUCUGGCUAAUCAGCAGCUGCCGGCCACCUGUGGGGUGAGACAGCUCAGCAAACUCAAGAGGUUCCUCACCACUCUGCAGCAGUUUGGAAAUGACAUCUCCCCCGAGAUUGGAGAGAAGGUCCGGACCCUCGUUCUUGCUCUGGUGAACUCAACUAUAACCAUAGAAGAAUUUCAUUGCAAGCUCCAGGAAGCCACCAAUUUUCCUCUCCGACCCUUUGUCAUCCCAUUCCUCAAGGCCAACUUGCCGCUCCUCCAGAGGGAAUUACUGCACUGUGCCCGCACGGCCAAGCAGACUCCAUCUCAGUACUUGGCACAACAUGAACACCUGCUACUCAACACCAACACAUCAUCCCCAUCUGAUUCCUCUGAGCUGCUCAUGGAGGUCAAUGGCAAUGGCAAAAGAUACAGCCCGGAAAGGAGAGAAGAUAACGUGUUUGAAAGAGAGCCUAUACCUCCUGAACCACCUGUGAAAAGGGUGUGCACUAUUAGCCCAGCUCCCCGUCACAGCCCGGCCCUGUCCUUGCCUAUCCUGAAUUCUUCUAACCAGUAUCACCCCACCCCACCUCCUCUACAACACUACUCAUUGGAUGACAUCCCAGGACCACAGAUGUACAGAGAUCCACUGUGCAAGAUGAGUGAACACAGAGAAGUUAGAGAACGUCAUCAUCCGGUGGGCGGGAUUAACGGCAAUGUGACCAAUGGCUACCAAGAAGAGUUGGUGGAUCACAGGCUGACUGAGAGAGAAUGGGCAGAUGAGUGGAAGCAUCUAGAUCACGCCUUGAACUGUAUAAUGGAAAUGGUGGAAAAGACAAGGCGUUCUAUGGCCGUGUUACGUAGGUGUCAAGAAGUGGACAGAGAGGAGCUGAAUUACUGGAAGAGACGGUACAAUGAAUCCUCAGAACUCCGGAAAGGAAGCGAGCACUCAAGCAGGCAACACAGUCCAACCAGUACUGAAUCUGGUACCAAUGAUCAUCAGAGGGACUUUAGUGGCAGAACAGGAGGAAGCUAUGUUACUGAUGAGAUCUGGAGGAAAGCAGAAGAGGCCGUAAAUGAGGUGAAGAGGCAAGCCGUGUCUGAAGUACAGAAGGCCGUAUCUGAGGCCGAACAGAAAGCAUUUGAUAUGAUUGCAUCAGAGAGGGCCAGGAUGGAACAGACUAUUGCAGAUACAAAGAGGAGAGCAACUGAGGAUGCAUUCAUUGUAGUGAAUGAGCAGGAGGAAUCAACUGAGACUUGUUGGAACUGUGGCCGUAAAGCAAGCGAGACUUGCAGCGGAUGCAAUAUCGCUCGAUACUGUGGAUCGUUUUGUCAACACAAAGACUGGGAGAAGCAUCAUCGGAUCUGCGGACAGACCCUACAUUGCCCAGCCAAGGCCCCAACCUCCGUCCGCUCCCUACUGCCGAAACCCGCCGAUACUAUAUUGCUUAGCCCAGCCGUUGAACGCUCAUCCAGCGCCACCUCUCGUUCUUCCACUCCUGCGUCUGUGACCGCCGUGGACAACUUGUGAAUACUGAACUUCCAUCCCAAAUGUCCCAUCUAACAUUUCUUACCUGCCAUUUGUAGAUUUGGAUUAAAAAAAAAAAAGAAGAAAAAAAUGGUCACGUUACAAAAGUCAAACCUUUCCAUUGAACCCAUUUAAGCUAUCUAUACAUUUCAAGUACACUUUUAUUUUUAAAGGAGACCUAAUGGACCAAAAUAUUUAACUUGUAGGACCCUGUACAGCACCCUGGACUGUGAACACACUAAAGAGGCACAAAGCACGGUGAAAAUUGUUGAACAUCGCUGAUUUUGUCAUUCUCCGGCAGGGAGCAACCGCUAGGAUAAUCUCUCCGCUUGUGCAGAUCGCCCUUUUGUCGCCAUUGGCCUGAUUCUUCUACUGCUUCCAGCUUGGGAUAUAAAGACUAUUGUAUAUUUAAAUUAUUUUACUCUAAAAACAGCUAUACCAAAAUGGCAGUAUAUAGCAUUACGAAAAAUUGCAUGUUUUUAUUUUUUAUUUCUGAAAGUCUUCCCUUGUUGUUGUAUAUGCUUACUUUGUAGUUAACUUUUUAAAUGUGUAUUAUUAAAAGCAAAA